AUGGCUGUUGGAUGUCUAAUGUAUAUCAUGGUCAGUACUAGACCUGAUAUAGCACAUGCUCUAAGUGUUUUGAGUAGGUUUAUGGCAAACCCUGGAUUAGAGCAUUGGAAUGCUGUAAAGUGGCUGAUUAGAUACUUGAAAGGGACAAUCAAGUAUGGUCUGAUCUAUCACAAAGAUACAUCUGAUGUGAGGUUAGAAGGCUAUGUUGAUGCUGAUUAUGCAUCAAAUAGGGACAAUAGAAGGAGCACCACUGCCUAUGUAUUCAUGGUCAACAAAAGCUGCAUAUGUUGGAAAUCACAACAACAACCAGUGGUGGCACUAUCAACUACUGAAUCAGAAUUCAUGGCCACCACCGAAGCUUUCAAGGAAGCUAUAUGGUUACAAGGAAUACUGCAAGAGCUGCUACUGCUCAAAGACAAAGGGACAGUCUAUUCGGAUAGUCUGUCAUCUAUUCACUUGUGCAAGAAUCCUGUAUACCAUGAGAAAAGCAAGCACAUUGACAUUAGAUUGUAUUGGAUUCGAGAGAAGAUUGAGGACAGGGUUCUGGAAUUGGAAAAGGUGCACACAAGUGACAACCCUGCUGACAUGGGAACAAAGGGUCAAGAACAAGGGGUGUACUCGGGUGUUAGAGAGAAAACUGUGACUGUUUUCUCUGGUAUUGGUGAUGUUUCUCAGCUGGAGUAUGGCCAGGGAUCAGAUUGA